AUGGCGAUCCUCUGUGCAGCGGCCGCCCAUUUGUCGUCUACAUCCACGCAGGAUGCGCCAUAUGCAGCUUCCAUCAAAGCCAUCAGCCACAACCUUCGAGACACAUGCAUUCGCAAUCUCAAUAGAGCGAUACAGCAUGAACUCGACCUGUUCACACCUGAAAAGCGAGGCACUGCCGCAUCCCCCCUGGUCGAUAUUCUAGCGACCACGUUGGUCCUCUGCUACGGCGAGAUGGUCGUCCCGGACUCAGCCGAUUGGCACCUCCACCUACACGCGUGUCGUCUCCUUAUCGAGCGACAGCAAUGGCGGCAAGAUGGGACCCGUCGUUCGGACGCGGUAGCGCCGUUCCUUCUACAGGAGGUCGCCGAUAUCGAAGUCUAUUAUAGCCUCGGCACAUUCAGCAAUGACCAGUCGCGAGUCCCAUCUUUGCCCCAGUCCGUAUUUUGCAACCAUUUUCGUACCUUUACGGGUCUUCUAUACGAAAUCACUGCAGAGGAGAGAAAGCGUCAUCGAAUGCUGAUGAACGGGAAAUCUCUUCCCGACGUCGACAUGAGCGUCUGGCGACAGAAGGUAGAACAAGCCUGCACCCAGGCUUCUACUGAUACCUUGUGGCUAUCAAGUCGGGGAGAACACAUACGACAACAUGUCAAUGCUCUCAUACAGGCGUACUAUCACGCGGCUCUUAUAUACAGCUAUCAAUCGUUGGCCCCGCUCCCAGAGGCGUCGAAUAUAGUAAGGACGCUGGUUCCGCAGCUGCUGGGGGAGAUCGAAGCGUUCACCACCGGAUCAGUUGAUACGUUCUCCCACAAUAUAUUCUUGCCGCUCUUCAUCGCGGGAACGGAGUGCUGGGACGAUGAAAACCGACAACACAUGAUUGCGGAACUCUUCCUCCGGCUCGUCUCGACGACGGGGCUUUGGUGUAACUAUAGUGCUAUGCGUUUUCUCAAAGCUUUUUGGUCAAGACCGGAGUAUCAUGGUGUUGGGAAAUGGAAUCAGUAUGCGCGCGACAAUGAGAGGGGGAAUAGUCAAUUUUUUGUUUUCUAG